AGAGGACGGACGUGUCGAACCACGCGGCUUGCGAGAUUGCAUCAUAAAGCGUAAUUCGGUACAAAACAGGUAUCACGACAUGCCGUAUCGUUGCUAGUCUGUAAUUAGACGACGCGUAACGCGGAAUAAAGUGUGUAAAUCGCGUAAUAGGGAAAAUAUCCCUUAGUGACCGCGACAGCGCGGAAAUUGGCGAGUAAACGCCCAAAUCGGUAAUAAUACGUGCGCGGCACGGCUACCGGAUAACCGACGCGAGUAAUUAGCGCGGUAUUAACGAGGUCAUAACCCCAGCAACUCGUUGUGCGCAGUAGGUGACGAAAUAUCAUGCCACCUUGUCGGGCGGCCAUCUUGUGUAACGGCCAUUUCGUCGUGAGUGCGACGCGACGCGACAACAAAGGUUAGAGGGAGACGUCGUAACAAAGGAGAGAUAGUCUUAUAGUGUGAAUCUAGUGUGAGUGAGCGAGUUGUGUGAAUGCGGGCCGAAUAAAUAAAUUAUUGGUGUUGUUUUAAUAAAGAUUCUAUAAGUUGUUACACCAAACGAGCCCCACGCGUAGUUAUUUCGCGAACAUCACCAUAACCAUAAAUAAUUAUACAUCGCUGCACUUCGACGGAGAAAUUUCCGGAACACCAGACAUCUCUACCAAAGGGCCAAUCGAAGCAAGGCGUAGAAGGAAGUCACCAAUAAGGGGACGUCGCGCGUGCUGAGCCCGAUUCCAUGGUACAACCUGGAUUCAACAUCCUUCUCUGUUAGAUGGGAAAACAGAGUGGCGACCGUAAGGAAGUGCUGUGUAUUUGGCUGUAAAAAUGUAUACAAAAAAGGGAAACACCAAAAAAAAGAAAAUUCAUUUCUUUGCUUUCGUUAUUUCCCAUCAAAUUCUGACAUAAGAAAUAUGUGGAUCACUAAUGUGAGACAAAUAAAUGGAUAUUCUUGGCAGCCUAUGAAUUCAUCAGUUGUAUGCUCUAAGCAUUUUGACGUUUCUUCUUGGGAGAAAAUUAGAGAGGAUGGGAAGAGGAAGCUUAAAUUCGGUGCAGUGCCUUCUAUUUUUAAUAAUCUUGCGCAGAUAUCUGCAAAUGAUCACAUCUAUUCACGAACAUUGAAAGAUAUUACUAACACAAGGACAUUUUUACCGAUAAAGAAAACGUCUGUAAGUAUUUCAACAAAUACGAUAGAAAAGAACAUAUCAAAAACACCAGAAGUUGAGUCAGAUCUUAUCGAUAAUGGAAACUCUGAUAUUAUAUUAAAUAAUUCAGAUAUACCUACAAAUACAUGUACUAUUAUACCAAGUAAUGCUUUGAAUAGUCUUUCGGAAUUGAUGGAAGAAGUUGACAAUGCUGUAACUGUUCAAACUAUCAAAGAGCAAAAUAUAGAUAAUAUGACUGUGUCUUUAAAAAAGGAAAAUGAGCAACUAAAAAAAGAAUUGGCAAGAGUUAAGAAAAUUGCUGAUAAGGUGCAUCAAGAAAAUGAGACGUUACGAAAAAGCAAUAAAAAGUUACGUCGAGAAAAAGAAAGUUUUACUAAUAUAAAAAAAAAUAGAUGAAAACGAAUUGCAAAUCUUGAAUAAAGAUCAAAAGAAGGCAAUUUACAGAAAAAAUUACCAAGGUUUACAAUGGAAACCAAAUACUGUGAAACAGGCUUUAAUUUUAAGAUUAAAAUGUGGAUCAUCAGGAUACAAAGAGGUACAAAAGCAUAUUCCUUUACUAUCUAUCCGGACUUUACAAAAAAAAAUAGAACAUAUUGAAUUCAGACCAGGAAUUUUACAACAAACUUUUGAUUUACUUG